GAAACUCUUAUGACUCUCAAGCCCUAAUUUUCGCCACCAGAAACCCUAAUUCUCAAAUCUCUCCAAUGGCGUGCACCAUCGACUUCCGGUGCCUGGACGAGGGAUUCGGGGGAAAAACCUACAAGCGAAAACGGGAACGGGAAGAAGCUCAGAACAGCCUCAACAUCAACGACUCUGAAAAUGCCGACGCCUCCAUGGAGAUCGACGAAUCCUUUCCGCCGCCGGCCAAGCGAUCCGCGAUUCCUUCGUCGGAAAAUCCCGACAAACCGACAUUCGGAAAUCCUACCUACGACGGCGUUAUCGCCGGAAAGGUCUCGGGACGGAAGUGGAAGCAGCCGAGGAAGCACAGGGCGUCUGCCAUGCAGGUGAGCCGGAAAGGCACUACGUUCGAGGAGAGGGAGAAGCAGAAGAUGAUUAAGGCGGCGUUUAGGGAGCGCAAGGAGGAAUUGAAGGAGCAGAUUAGGUUAAACAAGGUGGAGAAGAGAAAGAAGAGAGAGGAGAGGGAGAAGAAGAAGAAGGAGAACAUCUUGAGAUCUGGAACUAAGCUACAGAAGAUAACUAAUCCCAAGACACUCAAGAAGAUUGCCAAGUCUAAGCAGAAGAAACUCCUUAAGGUUGUUCCUGACGAUUUCAUCAAGAAAUAGGUCUGACAAAGAACAAGCCAUAUUUGGCCAAGGCAAAGAUACAGUGGCAAUGACCUAGCAACGAGCAAUGUUUUACCAGGCUAAAGGCUGUAUGGAGCUUUUCUUCUUGAAGAGGGAGGCUAAGCUUCAAUUUUAAUUAAAAAAAUGUCUAAAUAUCAUUUUGGUUGACUUUGAUCCAUUUUGGUGUCUGGAUUUUAUUUUUGUUCCUAUAUUUUUAAAAAUG